AUGGGUAACUCAUCUUUGAGUAAAAACUUAAUAAAAGCUCAGAAAAAAAUAAAAAAGAUUUAAAAAGAGAUGGAUAUACUAAGAGAUUGUCUUUAUGAUGUUACAGGAGUCUAAAAACCUUAUCAACAAUUACCUUUAGAAUAAGAAGUCGACUUUAUUCUCUAGAAUAGCUAUUUUAGAGAAAAAGACUUAUAAGAACUUCUUAAUUUAUACGAAAGGAAUAUCUUAAUAAGGAAAAAAUAGAUAAUUGCUAUAACAAACAAAUUACCCAUAUAAGAAUAAAGCACUCAAGAAAGCAUGCAUGAUCUUCAAUUACCAUUUGGUGUGUAGGCAAAUAUCUAAUAACUAUAAAUUAAGUGA